CCUUGGCCUCGUCGCCGCGCGCCGUGCGGAGUGUGCGGCGGCCGUUGGCCGUUGGCCGUUGGCGCGGCUUGGGCGGUUGUCUUGGAGAAGCAAGAUGGCGGCGACGGCGGCCGCGGUGGUCGCGGAGGAGGACACGGAGCUGCGGGACCUGCUGGUGCAGACGCUGGAGAACAGUGGGGUGCUGAACCGUAUCAAGGCUGAACUCCGGGCAGCUGUGUUUUUAGCACUAGAGGAACAAGAAAAAGUAGAGAACAAAACUCCUUUAGUCAACGAGAGCCUGAAAAAGUUUUUAAAUACGAAAGAUGGCCGGCUGGUGGCCAGUCUUGUGGCCGAGUUCCUUCAGUUCUUUCAUCUUGACUUUACCUUAGCUGUUUUUCAGCCAGAAACUAGCACAUUUCAAGGUCUCGAAGGUCGAGAGAAUUUAGCACGAGAUUUGGGUAUUAUUGAAGCAGAAGGUACUGUGGGUGGACCCUUAUUGUUAGAAGUGAUCAGACGCUGCCAGCAGAAAGAAAAAGGGCCCGCCAAUGGGGAAGGUGCGCUCGAGCUGUCUGACAUACAUUCUCCGCCAAAGUCCCCGGAAGGAAAAGCAAGUGCGCCCACCGUUCCCAGUAAGAUACCAAGGUAUAGAGGACAAGGUAAGAAGAAGACGAGCGGGCAGAAGCCUGGUGCCAAGAGGGCCAGCAGCGAUGCUAGUCAGAGUGAUACAAGUACCUCCUCAUCAGAACCGAAGAGCAAAAGUAGUCUCCACUUAUUGGGCCAUGAAACAAAAAUUGGAUCUUUCUUAAGUAACAAAAGUCUAGAUGUCAAAGACAAAGCUGGUCUUUGUCCAGAUGAAGAUGACAUGGAAGGAGAUUCUUUCUUUGAUGAUCCCAUUCCUAAACCAGAAAAAACUUAUGGUUGGAGAAGUGAACCUAGUAAGCCAGUAGGAAGCCUGGCAUCGCUCUCUGACGCCCCGCCCUUAAAGAGCGGACUCAGCUCCCUAGCUGGAGCCCCCUCAUUGAAGGACUCUGAAAGUAAAAAGGGAAACACGGUUUUGAAAGAUCUGAAAUUGGUCAAUGAUAAAAUUGGAUCACUUGGAUUAGGGACUGGAGAAGAAGAUGACUACGCUGAUGACUUUAACAGUACCAGCCAUCGCUCAGAAAAAAGUGAGCUCAGCAUUGGUGAGGAGAUCGAGGAGGACCUGUCUGCGGAGAUCGAGGACGUCAACACCAGUGACAAACUUGAUGACCUCACACAGGACCUGACUGUGUCCCAGCUCAGCGAUGUUGCAGAUUAUCUGGAAGAUGUUGCAUAGACAUGAAAGAAGGAAGUAUUCCAAUCAACAAAGGACAAAGGACUCUGAUUGGUUCCAUUUUUUUUUUUUCAGACAAUCAUUCUUUGCUGGAAUGUCUGCUCCCUAUUGGUGCCUUGUGUUUCAAGAAGACUGCAGAUAUUUUUAAAAAUUAACUUUUCAUUAUACUAAACAAGAUGCUUCCAAUUUGAGCCCAUGUGUGGAAGAUUUAAUAUUCUUAAUUUGGUUUAGCUACACGUUUCUCUCUGGAAGUUAUCUACACUCAAAUUCAUUACAAGGAGCGAACCCGUGAAAUUACCAGUAUUAAGAGCGUCUGAAAGGUGUCACUAAAGCUGCAGGCUCACCCAGCUGCGCUUGCGCGUGGCCUCAGCCGUGUGGAGUCCGAGCCUGCUGGCUGCUAGGUGGCUCUGCAGAGCGCUGGCAGAUGACCUGGUAAAUCUGUAGUACUGAAGCCUAUUGCUGUCAGUUAAAUUGGAUGUGUUAGCUUUAUUUUGUAUUUCCUUCCAUUUGGAAGGUUCGUUAGACCAUUAAGGUUAUAUUAAAAUAUUCUUCUGUGUACUACUUAGUUUUGCUUGUUUUAAAGAAAUCUGGAGGUGGUUAUGACUUUAAAUUUGUGGAAUUGUCACUGGCAGCAUUUGCAGUCGCCGCCCCUGUGUCCAUGUGAGAAGCUUUAGUCACAGGUUCUCUUUGUUAUGGUUAUAAUUUAUUAUUUGUAAAGAUGCCUCGAAACAUAUUAAAUACCAAAACGCAUCUGAAACCAUUAAGCAAUGCUUUUAUUUCAGAUCUGUAAGGUGCUUCUAUUAAAAUCCAAAUUGGACUGUAACAGUAGUAAUGGCCUAAGACCAGAUCCAGUGUGCCGAGCUGUUGACACUGUACAUAGUUUCCUUGUAACCCUUUAAAAAUGGAGCCAGUGAGAGAAUGCCAGACUGUCUCAGUUACACUGUAGGUUACUGAUGUGCUGCAGUGUUGAAAGAAUGACAGGAAGUGGUGCCCGCGUGUUCAUAUGAGUAAAGCUGUGAUUGUGUGUUACAUUUUGUACUUUUCAAUUUCACUUAAAUCAUGGCUUUUUAUUAAAAGUCACCUUUAUUAAUAAAAGGAACAAAUUAGACCUAAUUCAUUGAUAUCAGUAAGUGACCAGCAGACUUCAUGGUUUGUGUAAUUCCAGCUUUUGAUUUCAUGUUAGCCUAAGUAUUACAGAAAUCUUUGCUGGACCCUAAAAUAUCAAGGUAAAUGAUAAUGUAAGGAUUAAGCUUAUGUAACAUUAGAAUCUGACUUUAUCAAAUUUAAGUGAAACUGAGCCAUCCAUAUCAAGAGGAAGUAGGACAGAAACUGGGCACGGGUGGCCUGGAAGCCUGGCCCUCGGCCCUCAGUCUGGGGGCCGCCGGCUUGGAUACAGUCGGCCUUUCCUGUCUGAGCAAAUGGCGCUGUGUGAGGACGUCGUCUGUGGUGCCCGCUCGCCGCAUGCUUGUUACAGCGCAUCCCCGUGGGUGCCAUCUGGCCUCCAGUCACUGCUGUGAAGGCCAGAGUCCGUGUGGCGCUCCGGAAGCUCUGUCAACGGUGUGCUCCUGUUUUACAGGCUGGGAGCAGCUCCAUUUCAGUGAAGUGAUUUGAAAGUUUAGCAGGGGCAGCUGUUUGUGGAACAUUUUUGAACAGUAGCAUCAAAACUUGUCAUUUUUCUAUUUCCCAGAGAAUCUGACCUUUUGUUAAUAUCUGGGAGGAUAGCGAGAAAAAUGCCGAACAUGAAACUUCCUUUGUCAUCAGCACGACAUGCAUCUGAGUGAACAAUUUUAAGUAGCUCGAGCUGUGAGAAAGUUUUGUCUGCACCUGUGUUCCUUGACUAGAUAGAAGGUUUUGAGUGUGACCAGUGUUUUCUUUUUGUUACGAAAUACAUGUUUAUGGUAAAAUCUGUAUUUUAGAGUGGAGUUUUUCAAAUGCUAGAUCUUGUUUAUGGAUGCGACUCACAGUGAAUAAAACGCUCCUGCCUUCUG